UCCUUAAAGCUUCGAGGCGCUUCGCUGGUCUGCUGGCUACAUACACUGCUACCUCGACUGCUACAGCUACUUCCAUGUUCUCUGCUGACCUGUAAAUGGCAUCUAAAUUAGCUACAGCCUCAAAAUUAGCUCCAGGUUCUUCUUCGGCUAAGAAUCAACUUAAAAUUAUUGAUCUUGCUGAGGUACUCCAGUUACUCAAGAGACACGGUUAUUCAGGAGAUAGAUUCUUUGAUCUUGGUCUUUAUCUUGGCCUAUCUCCUGCUACACUAAAUGUCAUCACAUUGAAUCAUAAAGGAGAUAUCGAGACCUGUCUACGUGAGUGUCUUACUAAAUGGUUAAAGAAAGCUGAUAAUGUACAGAAGACUAAAGGUGGUCCUACUAUCUAUUCAUUGGUAUCAGCAUUGAGGGAAUUAGGAGAGAAUCGAGUAGCUGAUGGAAUAGAUAUGGAGAAGCAUCCUGCUUGCAGAAUUCUUGCUCAUCACACUACAAAUCGAUCUCUUGUGACUGCAUUACCUCAGUUGGCCACAGUGUUAUAUCUAGACAAAGUUAUAAAAAAGGAGAUGCAGACUGUAAAAAGAACUCUGCUAAUUCAAUUAAGGGAAGCUGUUUGUAUUGAUAAUCUCAAACUGGAAGCAUUUGCUGUAAUUUUAUGUAGAAACAACUCCACUGCUAAAAUAGGAAAUGCUAUUAUUAAAGAAUAUAAAGAGGUUUAUUCCAGUGAUGAAAUUAUUAAAGCAAAAAACAACAAUGGUCUGCCAACAAUUUAUAUUCCUUUGAGUGUUACUUCAGAGUUUAAGAUGAUGCGAUUGAAAUUGGCAGAUACAUUCUUUGAAGUGGGAUCGAGUAUGAUGAACAAUCCUAAUUGUACCAUUAAUUAUCUCAAAUAUGUAUUGCGUCAAUACAACAAAGCAUUAAGGCCUCAGUUAGAUCAGUGUGAAGAUGUCCAUGAUAUUCUAGAAUUAGUCUGUGAUAGUUGUCCACUUGAUGACAUCAGUGUGCUGGAGCAUUUUGUUAAUAAGUUCAAUAUAGAGGAGGCUAAGCGAGUUAUUGAGGAAUAUAAAGAAGCUGUUGAGGAGUUCCGUGAAAAGAAACUUAGUGAAUGUUUGAAAGAGCAGUUUUCAAGAGCUUCGCCACUUAAGUGUGAAGAGAUUACCAUUGUCAUUGAUGAAGAUGCUGAUGACUUUACACUUAAAGAUGUUAAGAGGUUGUCAUUAGCUGUAUUUGAAAAUUUAUCGCAACACGUUAAAUUGAAUGUCAUUAUAGAGGGUUCUAUUACAAUCACUUGUUCUUUCCCAUUGAUUCUAUCUGAGCAGCUAAUUACAGUUGCUCAGGGUAAUAUUGCUAUAUUGAGAGCUAAUCAAGUGAAGAGACUAACUAUUGGAUACUGCACUGUGUAUGAGGUGCAUGAAAUUGGAUUUCGAUCAGAUGAACAACAGUUUCCCUUAUCAUUAUCAACUGAUAGUGGUUUACUCAAGCAACUGAUGGUGUCACUGACUGUACAACUGAUCAAUAGUGAAGAAAAGGUGUCUUAUGAGGAAAGUAUGACAUUGGAGAGAGAAGCAGAGUCCCUCAUUCAAAAGCUGGAUGCUAAAAUAAAGAUUCUGGGUGACCGUAGAGCAGAAAGUGAUGAGUUUAAAGACGAGUUUGAGGAGUUCAAGGAAAUGAAAGAAAUAUUAGAAGAACAGCUUGUUGUGCCAGCUUUUAAAGUGAAAAAUUUUUUUGAAGAUAUAACUGAAAAACUACCUAAUAUUGCAAAGGCUUUUAAUAAUUCAGUUACUGAUACUAAAGAGUUAGUGAGUGAAGCAACAGAAGGGCUAAAAGUAAUACGUAAACAUAAAAAAGUGAGAGAGGUAUAUCAAGUGAAGGAAUCGUAUCGAUCUUUGAGUAAGGCAACAGAAGCAGUUCACACUUACCUUGAUAAAGUGAAUGGACUGUAUCAACUACUCAGUGAACAGACUCCUGACGUAAUGGAAGAUAUUGAGAGUGGAGAAUUGAAGAGUACUGAAAAAUUUGCUGCUGAAAUUGAAGAAAUAUUAAAAAAUAGCAGUUAUGAUUACGAAAUACUUCGAGACUGUUUUAAGGAAUUUGCCACAAAUUGUGAUAACGCUCAAAUUGAGUUGACAAGACUCAAAAAACAAGCACAAUUUAUACAAGCAACAGCAGCAGCAGGUGGACUAGCAGCUGGGGGUAUAGCAGCAUCAUUACUAGUUGGAGUAUUCACUGCUGGAAUUGGAGCUGCUGUUGGUGUACCUCUUACCCUAGCAGCAACUGCAGGAACUGCUACAGGAGUCGCCAUAGCCCUUAAAUUUCAUAUCACAGCUGCAACAUUUCGUAAAAUGAAUGAAAGACUUGAGAAACUUAGGCAGAUUGAAAGAAUGCAAUAUUUGCUGAAUGAGAUUCAUCUAACAAACAAACAAAUAAAGAAAAUGACACCCGAUGAAUGUAAAAACCUUGCAGAAACAAUGAGGUCUAUUCUAAAAGAAAGUAUAAGAUUAUACAAUGAGAUAUCUCGUGGACUAGAAAUUGCUGAAGGGAUUAAGGUAGCUUUUAGUAGUGAAGUUGACAGUACAUUUUUUUCAAUUUAAUUACCUUUAUUAAUGCUAUGUAUUGCUGAUGUCUUGUACUCUUGCUAAAUAGAAUUAUGUAUACAUGGUAGAAAUAGAAUGUACUGAUUGUGUUAGAUUUUAAUGGUUAAAUUUAAUUUUUAUUAUGGGUCUACAAUAUCUGAUCAAUAGUGUUUGUAUAACUG